CCAGAGCUCUGGAGUACAUUCUCACCUGCAAACAGUUGAAAGAAAAAUUUUAAUCAAGGAUUGGUGACAUCAGGCUCACGGCGAGGAUCAGCUGGGAUGAGGAGCAGUGGAGCAGCUCUACUCAGACAAUCUGAGGAGACAACCAAACCGGAGCUAGGGACACUGUACACAAGCUCUUAGGAGCAGAAAUUUUUCUUGUGUGUGGAGACCCCGCCAUUCAACAGUCAGGAUGGCUCGGGAUAUGUCAGAUAAAGAAAUCCUGAAAAUGGAGUUGGACCAGUUGAAGAAGGAAGUCAGCACAGCCCGUACACCUGUGCUUGCAAACUGCGCUGAAACCAUUGCUUUUGUGGAGAACCUGGCUCCCAAUGACAUGCUGAUCAAGGGAGUCCCAGAUGACAAAAACCCGUACAAGGGAGACAAGGGAGGCUGCAUAGUAACAUAA